AUGCGUUCCUUUACUCUCCUCGCCGGCCUCCUCGCCACCGCCUCGGCUCUUCCCGCCAUUGAGCCGCGGCAGUCUGGCAACCCCUUCUCCGGCCGCACCCUGCUCGUCAACCCAAGCUACAGCGAGUCUCUCGAGCAAACCCGCCAAGCCUUGGCGAACGCUGGAGAUCAGACGAGCGCCGGCAAGGUGAAGUUCGUUCAGGACAAGGUCGGUACCUUCGUCUGGAUCUCGAACAUUGCCCUCCUGGCCGAUAUCGAUAAGGCCAUUACCAAUGCCCGUGCCGCCAAGGCGAAGGGCGAGAACCCCGUUAUCGGUCUUGUUCUGUACAACAUCCCCGACCGUGACUGCAGUGCCGGCGAGUCUUCCGGUGAGCUGAGCUUCGCCCAGAAUGGCCUCGCUCGGUACAAGAGCGAGUACGUGACGCCGUUCGCCCAGAAGCUCAAGGCCGCUUCGGAUCUUCAGUUUGCCGUCGUUCUCGAGCCCGAUGCCAUGGGCAACAUGGUCACUGGCACCACUGCCUUCUGCCAAAACGCCCGUGGUCCCCAACAGGACGGUAUUGCCUACGCUAUCCAGCAGCUCCAGGCCAGCAACGUCGCCCUCUACCUCGACGUGGCCAAUGGCGGCUGGCUUGGCUGGCCGGACAACCUCGAACUGACCGCUGACGUGGUCGCGACCAUCCUCCAAAAGGCCGGCGGCAACAACCGCAUCCGCGGCUACGCGAGCAACGUGUCCAACUACAACCCCUACAAAUCCGCCAACCCGCCCGCCUACACCGAAGGCAGCCCGUCGCCCGACGAAUCGCGCUACGCCGACAACCUCGCCGCCGCCUUUGGGCAGCGCGGCCUCCCGACCAAGUUCAUCAUCGACCAGGGCCGGGUGGCGCUCGACGGCGCGCGCAAGGAGUGGGGCGAGUGGUGCAACGUGUACCCCUCCGGCUUCGGCCAGCCCUUCACUACCAACACGGGCAACAACAACGUCGACGCCAUCGUGUGGAUCAAGCCCGGCGGCGAGUCCGACGGCCAGUGCGGCAUGCCGGGCGCCCCGCGCGCCGGCGCCUGGUUUGAUGCGUUUGCGCAGCAGCUCGCGAAGAAUGCGCACCCGGAUAUCACGGCUGGUGGUGGUAACAAUGGUGGUGGUGGGAACCCGGGGGGCGGUAACUGCGCGGCGAGGUGGGCGCAGUGUGGUGGGCAGGGGUUCACCGGCCCGACUUGCUGCUCGGAGGGCACUUGCACGGUGUCGAACCAGUGGUACUCGCAGUGCUUGUAA